GGCGGCGGCAGCAGCAGCAGCAGCAGCAGCAGCAGCAGCAGCGCGUGCGCGACCCCGCCCAGAGCCAACAUGUCCAGUUUUGAAGACGCCGACACCGAAGAGACGGUAACCUGCCUCCACAUGACAGUCUACCAUCCUAACCAACAGCAGAGUAAAGUGUUUCAAUCCCUGAAGUUCCUCCAUCGAGAUCGACUUCGGGCCAGUGAAGUGGUGAAGUUCGGGCGAAACCCCAACACCUGCUACUAUACGUUCAUGGACAGACAGGUGUCCCGCGUUCAGUUUUCACUGCAGCUGUUCAAACCUUUCAACAGCCCGGCGCUCUCAUUCGAAAUAAAAAACAUGAGCCAGAGGGUUAGCCUGAUCGUGGACAACGUGGAGCUGAAUUACCUGAACAAAAUGGACCUGCCGCACAAGUGCAUCGUACGCUUCGGAGACUACCAGUUUCUGUUGGAGAGGGAGGACGGAGAGUCGCAGGAGUUUUUCGAGAUUCGCUUUACGUUGGCUCAGGAGUCCCUCCUGCAGGAGAAGUGCUUGCCGCUGCAAAAACCCAUACCCGAAUACGGCAUCUCGGCCAUUUUUCACUCCAGAACCGAAUAUCCUAUCGAGAUCGAUGAACACGAAUCAUGAGAAGGUGGUCAAUCGAUGAUACGUAGUCGGAUCGCAGAAUUUGCAACUGACAGAAUCCACAGACAGUGAAUACAAUCAAUCAUUCAAGGUUUAAGUGAACUUCAGUACCGUCACUCCUGCUGUUAGGGUUCAAAUCUCAAACUUCACACCUACUUAACUUUGAAUCAUUUCACUCUGUCGCUGGUCAUAAAGGUCGUCACCUGCAGGAGCGGGAAAUUUCUCUGUCAUUUCUGUGGUGUCUCAGAAAGGAUAACUAAGCUUUUUGAAAUAUCAUCAAGGAAAAAUUGUUGGCGUGAGAACCGUCACUGGGUUUGAUGCCUGUUUGAAGUGGUAAAGCUAAUUUUAUUGAGUAGCCAAGGUGUUUUUUAUGUACUUUUACUUUUAUCAUAUAACUAUUAGGUUAUUUCUAAGGUAGUAGCAUUAUUAUGAAGCUUACUCAUAACUCAGCUUACUCAUAACUCUUAAUUCUUUUAGUAGUGGUUGUUCAUCUUUAUUAUGGAGUCCCAACACUGUACGAGGGGAUGUUCAGAACAGAGGUAGACACUUUAUUAGGAAGCCAACUAAUGAUUUCCUAUGAAGAAAAUUCCCGGGCUUAUUUAAUUCUGGGUAAGGUGAAAAUAUUAAAUGGAGUUUAGCAGCUGUGUUAAAAGGUGGGAAUGGGAUUUAAAACCACUGUUUAACCGUCUUUUGAGAAAUGCUUUCUGUCUCCUGCUUGUUGCAUCAGUUAGGUUGGGAAGAAAUUAUCUAGGUCUGAAUGCCAAGGCUGUGAAUUGCCGUUUGCUAGCUUAUUGGAGGGAGGGGGCACCUACUGGCCCCUGUUCGUCUCUAGAAUAAUGAUCGGUGUAACAUACUCUGUAAUAAUCUGAAAUGCAUGACAGUUCUUAAAAUAAAGGCCUUUUAGAACAA